CCGGGGUUAUUCCCAACUAGUCCCAAUUCGGACGAAACAAAACCAUCACCACGCCACUUGGCGAUGUCCCGAACCCUUUGCCACACCGGUCUACUCCGCGUCUCCACUAUAAAGCGCGAGGGAGCCGAGUCCUGCCUCGCGUCUUCUCCAUCGUUCUUGUUGAACCACACGGCAGUCUUUCUCUCCCCCCUCUCUCCUCCUAAGCCUUUCGCUUCCUCCUGAUAGAAGCGCCGAUGGCGAGGUUUUUUACCUUGAAUACCGGAGCAAAGAUCCCCUCGAUCGGGCUCGGAACCUGGCAGUCAGAGCCGGGACGUGUCGCCGCUGCAGUCACCGCAGCUGUCCAUGCUGGCUACAGGCACAUUGAUUGUGCACAUAUCUACAAUAAUGAAAAAGAGAUUGGUUUGGCCUUAAAGAGCCUAUUUGACAAGGGUAUUGUGAAGCGCGAGGAGCUGUUCAUCACAUCUAAACUAUGGUGUGAUGAUCAUGCUCCAGAAGAUGUACCUGCUGCACUUGAUUUGACGUUGAGUGAUCUUCAACUUGAUUAUUUGGACCUCUACCUUAUUCAUUGGCCAUUUCGCAUUAAGAGGGGAACUACCAUAAGCCCUGAAAAUUUCUUACCAGUUGAUAUACCUUCUACAUGGGGGGUUAUGGAAAAACUGUAUGAUUUAGGCAAAACUCGUGCUAUCGGUGUGAGCAAUUUUUCAACUAAGAAAUUAGAAGAUUUGCUUUCAUACGCUCGAGUUCCUCCAGCUGUGAACCAGGUUGAGUCUCACCCAUGUUGGCAACAAACAAAGCUUCGGACCUUUUGUCAAUCAAAGGGUGUUCAUCUGUCUGCAUAUUCUCCUCUGGGCUCACCUGGUACAAGCUUCAUUAAGGGUAGCAAUGUGCUUACACAUCCAAUAGUGAACCAGGCUGCUGAGAAAUUAGGCAAGACUCCUGCACAAGUAGCAUUGCGCUGGGGCAUUCAAAUGGGGCAUAGUGUGCUGCCCAAGAGCACAUCUGAAGCAAGGAUAAAACAAAACUUGGACAUAUAUGAGUGGUCCAUUCCUGAUGACAUGCUUGCCAAAUUAUCUCAAAUUGAACAGGUAUAUAUUGAAGCAAAAGAACGGGGAACUAAAAGGCGAAGAAAGUUUGUUUCAAGCUGGGCAAGUGGCUUCACUUCUUCUGUUAGACAACUACUACAUUGGCUUGUCUACUCAGCAGUUCAAAGAUGCCGAAUUGCUGAGAGUCUUUGCCGAUUAUCAAUUUCUAUCAAAUGCUUCCACACAUCAAAUCCACCAUUUAUGCAAAUCUCUGUUUCAGAUACUGGGAUCAGAAGCAACUUGGUGGAGUUUCAUGGCCUAGAUGUUGGAGUGCAUUCCAUAUCGUGUGAUAAAUGGGACGGAGUGUUGUCGAUAACAACUACUGGAACUAAAGACAAAGUCAUAUAUAAAUACCAUCUAAAUCUUAGAGAAGCAUUGGCUUCUGAUUCAUGGUUGCACAAAUUACCUUCCAUUCACAAAAGUCAUGGAACAUUCAGUGGAACCGAAGUAUGCUUUUCCACUGCAGAGGAAGAGGACAUUGAUGUGUUCAUGGAAUGGAUGUUUCCCUUUGUUCAAAAGAUACUCCUAUUGAAAAUGCAUCUUCUGCAGGAUCUUGCAGUUGAUCUCAUAGUUGAGAGCAUAGAUAGUCAUGGGUCACGAUGUGAUCAUCUAAUUCAGGAAGCUGAUGGCAUGUAUCCUCCCCUUUCCAUGUCAAAUCAUGAUCGACUACUUUCUGGCCUCAAAACCUAUGUUCUCAGACACAGAAAUUCUUUAAAUAAAGAGUGUCAUAUUUGCUUCUCAGGCAGAGAACAGUUGAAGUUUGGAAGUGGCUUCCACACACUUAGAAGUUCCAAACUAAUGGUCGAAGUGGCUAUAGCAAUAGCUUCUGUUUCAUCAGAUAGUUGCCAAUGGAGGUUGAACUGUUCUGCUUCACAGGUUACGUAUUUCCAAGACUUUACAUCUUUAUCAGCUUCUCAGUCAUCCCUCGAUGCAGUGACAAGUGUUGAUUGGCAAAAUUACGGUUUAAGAUUGAGGAAGAGUAUCAUGGAUGGGGAUGGGAAUGUGGUACUUGAAUGGGAGGAGAUGCCAUUAUGUGGCCACAUUGACAUUUUCAUCCAUUGUUAUCGACAACAAAUCCUGCAAACCCAUCAAUGUGCUUCAGUUUAUCAAAACCUCAUCAAGAAAGCAGUUAAGAUCGCAAUGGACGACUUGAAGACCAAAUACCCAGGAUUACUCCUCAGCUAUCAUGCACACAAGAUUCACAAGCAUGUUCCAAAUCUUUCAAGAACACUUGCUGGUUUGAUCUUGUCAUCUGAUGAUCCACAAUUCCAAAACGAAUGCGCUUCACUUCUUGGGCUUCCAUUAGGCGAUGCUGACACUGAACAGCAGAUGGAGAUGUGCAUCAGUGAAAAGAUCAGUAGGAUCAUCGAGAUGAAUGAUGGAAGACGGAAAACACACAAACAAAAUGGUCCCAACCUUUUUGAGUGCGGAAGUCAGUCCGAAGGUCAUCCAGGCGACAAAGAUGUGCUUGCUGAGGAUGUAAUGACAAUCCCUUGAUUUUUAGAUGAUGUUUUGAACACUUGCAUCUCAAAUCAAGGCUAGAGUUAAGGUACCACUUUAUACUGACUCCAUAUAAAGUAUUUUGUGUUAUCACAGUGCAAAGUAGCAUAUCUGAUUAAGUGACGUUCAUCU